AUGUGCAUGCAUAUCGGCAACAUCCUGCAGCCACCAUAUCUAAUCUGCAUCUCUCACUGCUGCUGUCUUUAUUUCAGUCGUGCCCCACCAUGCUGAGUGUCCAUGAGUUUCUCCGCCGGCCAAAGGGGCAGCUAGGCCUGCUUUGGUUGGCGGGGACCUCACCAACAUUGGUCACCGAUGAACAGCUCGAAGAUGUGUCGCUGGCCGACCUGAGUGAUGAGCUUCAGCGCGAGAUGACCCAGGAGAUUGGUGGUCGGAAGUCACUGCGCUUCUCCCUGGGGCUGUCGUGCAAGCUCACCAAGGGGCUCUCAGUACUGCACCGCAGGAAGGCUGCCCUUGUCCUAGACCAAGGUCUACAGAUGAUUACAAGCCGAAGGCAGCUCAAGACUCGUAACCUUGAGUGGCGGAGCGCCAAACCAGAGUUGGCCAAGGACGCAGCUGAACGGCCGCGCAGGAGGAGGGCUAGAGCACCUGUAUGUGUGGCGUGCGGCGUGCAAUGCCUGCCCCCCACUAAGCGUAUGAAGGGUGCAACCUCGCGAGUUGAUGUGCCGGAUGACUUCGACAACCCAAUUGCAGCUCCCCACCCAGGUGAAAAUUUCCUGUUGGUUUCUUGCUGGGAGUUGCUGGUUUGUACUGGUUUCUGA